UUACAUUUCCAUAUUCUAGUUAUGAUUCCUCCUAUCUAUGUAACUUUUUUUCAUUUUUGUUUCUAUAGUCGUUCAAAUUAUCGAGAGUGUGAUUAUCUAGUUAAGAAUAUAGAUUGCGAUUGUUCUUUCUAAACGAGAUCAUACUCUUCAUUUGAGUAUGAUUAGACUUUUGGAGUGAUAGAACCCUGUGAACUGGGUGCAUACUACUUCCCAAAUCUUCAGUGAACCUCUCUUCUUUUAUGAUUUUUCGCUAUUUUCUGUUCUUUAAAAAAGUGAUGGAUAUCAUAGAGUCUCUGUCUACUCAAAUCAACUAAUCUACUUCAUGGAGAAGUUCGGCCAAUGUGGUAUAGUUAUUGUAUAUUGUGGAUUUGUUUGGAGGUUAAUCAAUUAAAAAGAUGUAUGUGGUGGAGAGUAAAGGAGGUGCUAUAGCUUGUAUGGUAUUUGCACUUUUGUUAUUAGGAACAUGGCCAGCACUUUUGACUUUGCUUGAACGAAGAGGGCGUCUUCCUCAACAUACUUAUCUUGAUUACUCCAUAACCAACUUAUUAGCUGCUCUAAUCAUUGCUUUCACCUUUGGUGAGAUUGGGAAUUCCUCUCUUCAUCAUCCUAAUUUUAUCCAACAGCUUUCUCAGGAUAAUUGGCCUUCUGUGAUGUUUGCUAUGGCAGGUGGGAUAGUACUAAGUCUUGGAAAUCUUUCAACUCAAUAUGCUUGGGCUUUUGUCGGUUUAUCAGUUACAGAAGUUAUCACUUCAAGCAUAACAGUUGUUAUAGGUACAACUUUAAACUACUUUCUUGAUGACAAAAUCAAUAAAGCUGAGAUACUUUUCCCUGGUGUUGCUUGCUUUUUGAUUGCUGUUUGUCUUGGUUCUGCUGUUCACUCAUCCAACACAGCUGAUAACAAAGCAAAACUUGAAAGUUUGUCUCGCCACACGAACCAAGAAUCCAACACAACUGAUGCUCCUCCUAAAUCAAGCAAGGACUUGGAAAGUGCUAAUUGUUCUUCACUGAAGGCAAAAUUUGGUACUGCAGAUUUUCUUGUUCAACUUGAGAAAAGAAGAUCCAUUAAAGUCUUUGGUAAGAGUACAUUAAUUGGACUAUCCAUAACUUUCUUUGCUGGAAUUUGCUUUUCUCUCUUCUCACCAGCAUUCAAUUUGGCAACAAACGAUCAAUGGCACACUUUAAACAACGGUGUUCCGCACUUGUCGGUCUACACUGCGUUUUUCUACUUCUCGGUUUCUUGCUUCGUCAUAGCCAUCGUUCUCAACGUCGUCUUCCUUUACCGCCCCAUACUUAACUCGCCAAAAACAACAUUGAAGGCAUAUGUGAAUGAUUGGAAUGGUAGAGGAUGGGCGUUGUUGGCUGGACUCUUGUGUGGCUUUGGCAAUGGUUUGCAGUUUAUGGGUGGCCAAGCUGCUGGUUAUGCUGCAGCGGAUGCUGUGCAGGCGCUUCCACUGGUAAGCACGUUCUGGGGAAUUGUUCUAUUUGGAGAAUACCGUAGAUCAUCGAAGAAAACAUAUGCUUUGCUCAUAAGUAUGUUGUUAAUGUUCAUGGCGGCUGUUGGUAUCCUAAUGGCUUCUUCAGGACAUAGAAAUCAAAGUUGAUAGAUAUGCUACAAAAUUUAUAAAAAAAAACACACACACACACAUCUUGUUUUAGAUACUUACAAAAGCUAAGGCAAGUGUGAUAUAUAUAUUAGCUGUUGCAUGAAUCAUUAUCAGAAGGAAAUCACACCCAGUUGUUCAUAAUGCAGAAAUUUGUUCAUUGUAGAAAUGUUUAAUCAUAGGUGAACGAAUAAAAUAAAUUACAAUAAAUGUAUUUGCAA